GACCGCUCGGUUCAAUCCUUCGGCAGCAGUCGAUCGAGUUGGACGUAAAGUUUUGCGCUGAUCUAACGGUAUUGUUUAGUGAUUUGACAUCUCUUCUCUCUUUCUUGCACACUUUUUAGGGUGUGUUGUUUUGUUCAGUGGUACGGUUGAAAAAGUAGUAUGCUGUGCUGAGCAGCAAGAAGUAGAACGGUGCGGUGUACGAUUGGUAUUACGCAGUAAUAUUCUUCGUUGGUGAAUUUUUUUUUGCAAGAGAAAAGUAAACUUCUUUUGGAUUCCAGUUGUGCAAAACAAGUGAUAUCGAAAAGCUUCGGUUGGCUUUCGAUAAGUGGAGUUGGUUUCGUUUUUUUUUCAAUCGAGAACAAAGUGAAAAAGGUGUGCUCUGUUUGCAGAACGGUAGAAGCUGCUGGAACGUUUUCCCCCAGCCGGCUUCUGUUUUUCAAGGCCGGAGGACAUUUUGUUUUCAACCAGAGGCAAGACUGUUUCUAGCAAUAAAACUGUAUAAUUUAGGCAAAGUUUCUACCAAUUGACUAUAAAUUGUACUCAGGUGAACAUUGCGUAAAAACUUGUGGCAGUGAAGAAAAUCUGAAAAUAGCACUAGUAAAGUAGGCUAGUUUAGUGGUGGUGCGUCAGUGUGCGUGAAUUGCGUUCUCAGCAGGCGGUGAAAAAAAAGUAGGAAUCCGUGAAGUAUUCCCCGGGAGCGACUGCAAUGAUGGAGGUCGAGAAGCAGUUUAACGGGGAUCAUGCUGCCCACAAUGGAACGAACGGGCACCACGAAGGUUCCUCCAGUCCGGUGGGUAGUCCGAAAGCCACCACCAAUGGGUCCGCGCUGGGGCUCAUGAAAAAACCGACUGCCAUACUGGAUGACAAGCAUAAGAAGCGAGCUCGCAAGUUAUCGCGCUCGAACAGCAAGGACGGUGUCCUGGGAGUCGCCGGAACCCCGAACUUUGUAGCACCACAUCGAAAGUGGAAAAACAGUCGACGAUCUCGCAACGGCUACGGUCGUGGUUUACCGAAGAAGGGUGGUGCCGGUGGCAAAGGUGUCUGGGGCAAACCCGGUUCGGAAAUCUACGAAGAACUGGAAGAGGAGGAUCAGAACGAUCCGAACUUUGAUCUGGAUGCGUUCAACAGUAUGCACAAUAUCGAACUGAAGGAGGUCAUCCCGGAGAUGACGGAUGAGGAGUUCACCAAGAAGGUGGAACCGAUCAUACUGGAGUAUUACGAGCACGGUGACACCAACGAGGUGGCGGAAAGUUUGAGCGACAUCAUGAGCAUCGAGCGGCGAACGCUGGUGACCAAGAUUGCCGUCGAGAUGGCCUUCGAGCACAAACAAUCCCAGCGGGAGAUGACGUCGGUUCUGAUCUCAGACCUGUAUGGCAGGACCAUCAGCAGCCGGGAUAUUUGCAAAGGUUUCGACACACUUCUGGAGAACAUGCCGGACCUGAUUCUGGACACACCAGAAGCGCCGCACAUUCUGGGCAACUUCAUUGCCCGUGCCGUCGCGGACGAUUGUAUACCGCCAAAGUAUGCGUACGACGUCGAAAAGGACGGCGGUACGUUGAGUGCUCCGGCACGGGAGGCCCUAACCCGGGCCAACGGGUUACUCUCGAUGCACCAGGGCUGGGGUCAUCUGGAUGACGUGUGGGGCGUCGGUGGUGCUCUCCGACCGGUGCAGACCAUCACGCGCCAGAUGGCGAUGCUACUGCAGGAGUACCUGCUGUCGCGCGAUCUCGAGGAAGCGCAGCGCUCGAUCCGGGAGCUCGAGGUGCCGCACUUCUACCAUGAACUGAUUUACGAGGCCAUCGUAAUUGCGCUCGAAGCGCUGAACGAGUCUACAGAAGAAGCAUUUUGUACGCUGUUCAAAACCUUGGACGAAGCCUGCAUGGUUACGCCGGAGCAGAUGGAACAAGGAUUCCGUCGCGUUUACGACGACAUGACCGACAUCGUGCUGGACAUUCCACUUGCCUACUCCAUCCUGGAUAGGUUUGUACAACGCUGCCAGCGCGCCGGUUUCCUCACGGAUGCCGUCAUCAAAGAUUUGCCCUCCAGAGGCCGCAAACGCUUCGUCUCCGAGGGUGACGGUGGUCGCAUUAAACCGGUCAACCUGUGUGCCCGUGACUUUUGAAGAACCGAUUUGGCAAACCGGUCGCAGUGCCACCAACAGCAGCAGCAGCAUCAGCAGCUAAAGUAACAAUUCGACACCUCAGAUUUUUUUUGCCUAACUACUAAAAUUUGGAUUGGGAAAAUGUAACGUCAUUAUGCUACAUCUAUUACUCACACGGUCAAAUGCAUACAACACCAUCUACACGCGCGUACAACACGAGGAGGGAUAACGCUGCUUAGGGUUUGUCUUUACCGCGGAUAGUUCGAAGAGGGAUUUGAAGGAAAACCGACAAACCAGCAAUCAGAAAUUACUAUACUUAGUGUACUCAAUCUACCUGUCGAAAGAAUGAAGGACAAGAACACUCUUGUUUUAGUAGCAAUAAGGCAAACGUAGACAUCUCUUUUAUGCGAUUUACAUCAUUUGCUACUAGCAAGUAUUGCUUCGGUGGUCGUCGAGCCUGAGCCUGAGCCAGAAGACGGAGGCAAGGAGAAAACAGAAAAAGGAAUAAUCACCCACAAAAGAAAAAAACAAUCUACUUAAACCAUUUGAGCAUAUUUAUUAUCUAAAAACUAAGCGAUAACGCAAAGCGAACACUGACAGGAUAUGAAAUAAUCACAUUCAUGAGUGCAAAAACAAAAUUAGUCAAAAACAAAACGCAAAAAAAAUAGACCAUUACAGGACAGCAUCAAUCAAUGUAGGGAACGGUCAUAACCCACCACGCCAUCGAGUGUAGAUUCAGAUUUUGUUUUUUUGUUCUUGUUCCCUCCUGAUUAUUUUUUUUCGAUAGGCGGCCCCAAAUCCGGUAUAGAAAAGUGUGUGAUUUCACCGCACUUUGAUGUAGCCUCAGAAUUUAUGAAACUUUUCGGAGUGAAAAAAGUAAAGAAUUUCUUUUCCAAAUGGAGAACAUCUCCAGAGUAUUAGAGUAUUUUUUUCCGUCGAUUUGGUUUGUAAGAAGUAGUUGGUACUGCGCGGAUAGUUUUUUUUCCUUCCAUUUGCUUCAAUUUGAUCUUCUUUUUUUUAUACGUCCAUCAUUAUCCAUUACCAAAACAAAUGCUACGACACGAAAUGUGACUACCUGACUACUUACGCAUAUUUGUUAAACACGAUUCGAUUUGCGGGAUUAAACUAAUCAUAAACCAUGAAACAUAAGUAAGCGUUGUGAGGAAGAUAUUUUUUUUGUAAACGAAACAAAUAAUGUUCUUAUUGUUCUAUAUUUAGUUUUCGGUUUAAAGUAAUUUUUUUUGCUUUGAAUUUCACUUUAGUCGUCGGAUAGCUGCCUGUCCUUCCACCACUAAUGAAAUAACCAUUGACACAUCUGAGGUCGUAGAUUUUCGAUUUCCAGUGAACUAUAUAAAAAAUGAAAUCGUACAUGUUAAUAUUCUUAAUUCAUAGACUAUAUCGUACUGAGUAAACUUGCAAACAUGAAAAUGCAAAGAAAAUAAAAGUAUGCAAUUAUUAAGCAUGA